CACCUUCAACUCAGCAGAGUUGCCGAUCUGAUUUUCAAAAUUCAAGUAAUUUAUAUUUUUUUUAUUGUGUAGUUGGGUUUUUAAUUUUUCAGAAAAAGGGGAAGGAAAAUCUUGGGAAAAAUGGUUUAUACUCUCUCUGGGAUGCGGCUGCCUACUGUGCCAUUGGUGAAUAAGUUGGGUGGUACGGGAUCCAGCUCUCGUGCUGAUCGAAGAAAUGCCCAUCUCUCGUUUCUCUCAAAGAAUCAGUCGCAUUCAUGGACGAUUUUUGCUGAAAAAUCUUCUUAUGAUUCUGGAUCCCAAUCUUCUACAGCAACUGCAUCGGAGAAGGUCCUUAUUCCUGGCACACAGAGUGAGGGGUCCUCAUCAGAGGAGUUGAACGUUGCCGAGAUAGUUUCAGAAGAUCCCCAGGCACGUGAGCAUGAAACCUACUCCCGUACUUAUGGCCCCCCAAGUCCCACACAUACACAUCUCCAUGUAAUAUCUGGUGAUGACGAAAGUUUAAAAAUGGAACAUGAAGGCAAACUUAAAGAUCAAGAAAAUUUUGUUCAGCAGGGGAGCAGUUUUAGUGAAACCAUGAGAGAGGAAGAUUCUGCAUCUUUACCACUACUAGAUGUAGAUGUUGAAGCAAAGGCUGAAGGAAAUUCAGACACAGCGUAUGUGUCUAUGAGUACAGAAUCAGAUAGGGUCAGAAAGAGGGUUAUCACUCCACCUGGAAUUGGUCAAAGGAUAUAUGAGAUAGAUCCACUUUUGACAAAGCACCGUGAUCAUCUUGAUUACCGGUAUGGACACUAUAAGAAAAUGCGUGAAGCAAUUGAUAAGUACGAAGGCGGGUUGGAAAUGUUUUCUCGUGGUUAUGAGAAAUUCGGUUUUACUCGCAGUGCGACAGGUAUAACUUACAGGGAAUGGGCACCUGGUGCCAAGUGGGCAACACUUAUUGGAGAUUUCAACAACUGGAAUCCUAAUGCUGAUGUCAUGACUCGUAAUGAAUUUGGAGUCUGGGAGAUCUUUUUGCCAAACAAUGCAGAUGGUUCUCCUCCUAUCCCCCAUGGUUCCCGUGUGAAGAUUCGCAUGGAUACUCCAACUGGCAUUAAAGAUUCUAUUCCGGCUUGGAUCAAAUUCUCCGUACAGGCUCCUGGAGAAAUUCCAUACAAUGGAAUAUAUUAUGAUCCUCCAGAAGAGGAGAAGUAUGUUUUCAAACAACCUCGGCCAGGGAAACCAAAAUCACUCAGGAUAUACGAGUCUCAUGUUGGAAUGAGUAGCACGGAGCCUAUUAUCAAUACAUAUGCCAAUUUUAGAGAUGAAGUGCUUCCUCGUAUCAAAAAGCUUGGUUAUAAUGCUAUUCAGAUAAUGGCAGUUCAAGAGCAUUCAUAUUAUGCCAGCUUUGGUUACCAUGUGACAAAUUUCUUUGCGCCAAGCAGCCGUUUUGGGACUCCUGAUGAUCUUAAGUCUUUGAUAGAUAGAGCUCAUGAGUUGGGUCUGGUUGUUCUCAUGGAUAUUGUGCACAGCCAUGCAUCAAAUAAUACUUUGGAUGGGCUUAACAUGUUUGAUGGCACCGAUAGCUGUUACUUUCACUCUGGACCUCAGGGUUAUCACUGGAUGUGGGACUCUCGACUUUUUAAUUAUGGACACUGGGAGGUAUUAAGGUUUCUGCUCUCUAACGCAAGAUGGUGGUUGGACGAGUACAAGUUUGAUGGUUUCAGAUUUGAUGGUGUGACGUCAAUGAUGUAUACUCACCAUGGCUUACAGGUUGCAUUUACUGGAAACUACAAUGAGUACUUUGGAUUUGCGACGGAUGUUGAUGCUGUAGUUUAUUUGAUGCUGGUCAACGACCUCAUUCACGGGCUCUUCCCUGAAGCUAUAACCGUUGGUGAAGAUGUCAGCGGCAUGCCAACUUUCUGUAUUCCUGUUCAAGAUGGUGGUGUUGGAUUUGACUAUCGUCUUCAUAUGGCAAUUGCUGAUAAAUGGAUUGAGAUGCUCAAGAAAAGGGAUGAAGAUUGGAAAAUGGGAGAUAUUGUGCACACACUUACUAAUAGAAGGUGGUCAGAAAAAUGUGUUGCGUAUGCAGAAAGUCAUGACCAAGCACUAGUUGGCGAUAAAACUAUUGCAUUCUGGCUAAUGGAUAAGGAUAUGUAUGAUUUCAUGGCUGUAGAUAGACCAUCUACUCCCUUGAUAGAUCGUGGAAUAGCAUUACACAAAAUGAUAAGGCUUAUCACAAUGGGAUUAGGAGGAGAAGGGUACCUAAAUUUCAUGGGAAAUGAAUUUGGACAUCCUGAGUGGAUAGAUUUUCCUAGAGCUGAUCAAUAUCUUCCUGACGGAAAAUUUGUCCCUGGAAACGGUAACAGUUUUGACAAGUGCAGGCGUAGAUUUGAUCUGGGUGAUGCAGACUACUUGAGAUAUCAUGGAAUGCAAGAAUUUGAUCGGGCAAUGCAGCAUCUUGAAGAAAAAUAUGGUUUUAUGACUUCGGAGCAUCAGUAUAUAUCACGUAAGGAUGAAGGGGAUAGGGUAAUUGUGUUCGAAAGGGGGAACUUGGUUUUUGUCUUCAAUUUCCAUUGGACAAGCAGUUAUUCUGACUAUCGGGUAGGCUGCCUAAAAUCAGGGAAAUAUAAGGUAGUGUUGGACUCAGACGAUCCACUAUUUGGAGGCUUCAGUAGAAUUAGUCAUGACGCAGAGUAUUUUACCUCAGAUGGGUGGUAUGAUAAGCGGCCUCAAUCUUUUAUGAUCUAUACACCUUCUAGAACGGCAGUGGUCUAUGCUUUAGUUGAAGAUGAAGUGGUUCCGGUCGAAGAAUGAUCAUAUGGUAAUGUAAUGAGCAAUACAAUUUCGAUUCGGACUUGUACAGACUACAGUGAUUCUAUGCAUAACUGGGCUAUUUUAGUGCAAUGCGGUACUUGUGGAGGUGCAGUGGCGUGAUAUGGAGUUCCCCGGAUGUACGAGGUGUUGGAAGAAGGAAGGUAUAUAAAAGUUACUAGUUAGUUGGGAUAGUACAAAAUAAUGUUUUUAGGCAAUUUGAAGAACUGCGAAGUGGUAUUGGGUAGACCUGUGUGCGCAUUCAGAAGAAAAGACUAUAAUUUUGCUGGAGAAUCCAUACAUCUGAUGAACUAUUUGUCAUAAUUGAGUUCUGUAAAAUUCCAUGACAGAACGUGCUUUCCUUUGGAAGCUUGUGGAAGGUGGCGACUUCGGCUACCAUUCAUACUACGAGACAUGAGUUAUGUAAGAGUUGGAAUGUUUUCUUUAACUUAAAGAGUCUGCUUGCUUUCCUUCACGAGGAAUAUCGAUAAUGUCAAGCGAUUUGUAAAUUGCUUUGUUCUGAGAUGCAAAUAGAGAGUUUGGCAAAGCUUAUUAGAUUA